AGGUGAGCAGGAGGUGAGCGGCAGGUAAGCGGCGGCAUCCAGAUCUGAGAGCGUCAAGUGAGCGGCGUCCAUCUGAGAGCGUCAAGUGAGCGACAUGUCAGAACGUCAAACGAAAGGGGAUAAAGGUGUACGAGGAGGAGGAGGAGGAGGAGGAGGAGGAGGAGGAGGAGGAGGAGGAAACAUAGGUGAAGAUGACGAGGGGGAACAAAGGAGUAUGAGUAAUGGUAGGAAGAGGAGGGAGGAGGAGGUGGAAGAGUGGAGAGGAGGAGGGAAGAGGAGGGAGGAGAAGGAAGAGGAGCAGAAGCAGGAAGAAGCAGCAGGAAAGAAGAAGAAAGGAGUAGGAGAAGGGUGGCAGGAGGAGGAGGAGGAGGGGGAGGGAGUAGACGGACGAGGAGCAGAAGCUGGAAGAAGCAGCAGGAAACUAGAAGAAAGGAGUAGGAGAAGGGUGGCAGGAGGAGAAGGAGGAGGGGAGGAGGAGAAGAGGGGACCAGGAGGGAAGAAGGAAGAGGCAAGGAGGAGGGGAGGACGAGAAAACAGUCAUACUCUGGGUUUAUGGGUGCAAGUUGAUGCAAAACCGUUAUGGGUGCAAUAUGUCUCAAGCACCCCAGCUACACGGCUGGAUGUCAUCAAUUUGCAGGAAAAACUGGACCAGCAGCUCCAGCAGCGACAGGCAAGGGAGACCGGGAUCUGCCCUGUAAGAGAAGAGCUUUACGCUCAGACAAUAGCUGCCUAUCAGACAUUGUACGAGAGCAGUGUGGCCUUCGGGAUGCGAAAGGCUCUGCAGACUGAGCAAGGCAAAGCAGAUAUGGAGGCAAGGAUUCAGCAGUUGGAGGUGGACCAAAAGGAGCUCGAGAGGCAAGUUUCUGAAUGGAGGAAUAAAUGUGAAGCUAUCGAGAGGAGGGAGAGCGAGCGGCGAGCUUUGGAGGAGAAGAAACAUGCUGAGGAGGUUGCGUAUCUUACUCGUUCAAACAAACAGUUGAAGACUCAGCUGGAGACGUUUCUCGCCCCGGCAAAAAAAUCAUAACUUUCAUACUCUGCCAACUUCUCCGCUUUCUGUUUUGGAAUCUGUCAGAGAUUUCCGCCCUGCGAUUGCGAGACUCUGCGAAAUUAUCCUGCAAUUAAUAAAUUUAUUAAAUUAUUCAUUCUGCGAAAUAAUCCUGACAUUCUCCGUUUUCUAUGCUCUCAAAUUUUUUGUCCCUUUCUUUGCUGUGCGACGUUAGCAAUUUCCAUUUUUUUUUGGAAUCAAAUGCCAGUAGUCGC